CACAGGUGCUGCUCUUCCUGUGUUUCUCGGGAGAAACAGACUUUUAAUAAUUGUCCGCCCAAGACGGCUUCUUCAAUUAGGGGAAGAUAAACAGAGCAGGAACAAAGUCCAUCUGGACAGUGGGAAAACAAAUGAGGUGAAUGCCCGCAGCAGCAGCAGCAGCAGCAGCAGAGAGCAGGCGGAGAGCAGACAGGCGCACUCAGCACAAUGGUAGCACUGUUUGACAAUCAGAAGGGAUGUCUGGAGUUUGGAGAUGAAAUACGGCUUUGUGAGGAGUUUCACAUGACUCCAAACAACAGAUCCCAACAGCAACCUCUGCGCAGAAUGACAGCAUGUCUCUUAGGUAAAAGUUUAGGAAGGUGGAGGAGAGGAUGGUGUGCCACAGCGAUGAAGACCCUGUCGUCUAAUCACGCACUGAAGCCCCUGGUUCCCACCCUCUGCCUCGUGGUGGUGGUGAUAUACGGCCUGGCAGACAAACUCCGCAACUUUGUGGCCGGCAUCUUCAUCCCUCAGUACCACUACCCCUAUGCGGUAGCUCUCUGCUUUGCCCAGGUUCUGGUCUCUCUCUUAGUCCUAAACCUCCUCCAUGUCCUGGAUCUGGUGCCUCUGAAGCACUACUCCAGGUCCCUGGGUGAGAGAGUGCUGGUGCCUUCUAUCUGUAACAGCGUCCAUGCUGUGCUGGCCAUGUGGGCCAAGGCUAGCAGCUCGUACGCCGGGCUCUUUCCCCUCAUGCUGCCUCUGCUGCCCAUCGUAACUGUGGGCUUCAGUUUCUCUCAGAAGCUGGUGUCUCUUCCAUCUAUCCACAUCUGUAUCCUGAUUUCCAUCCUGAGUGGGACAUCUUUUGUCAUCACAGCCUCCCAGGGUCUGUCAGGUGUUGAGCCUCUGGAGUACAUGUACGCACCUCUGGCUUUAAUCGUCCGCAGUCUUUCUCUGACUUGGCUGGCCAAAGUGUCCGAGGCCGAGCGUCGCCACUCCCCUGAUGCCCAGGCCUCUGUUUUUGACAUCUACUACACCCAGCUGGUCAACCAGAGCUGGGUGCUGGGCCUCCUGUGGCUGCUGCACCCGGACAGUCCCUGGCAGGUGUUGAGUCACGGCAGCUGGCAAACCCUGCUCUUCCAUGGGUACCUGCUGGCUAUUCUCCUGCUGGGGAUGGUGCUCAACUUCCUGGUCGGUAUGUCGGCUCUGUGUGUCUCGCCGCUUGCUGCUGCACUGCUGCACUCGGCAAGGCAGAUGAUGCAGCUGUUCCUCCAGCUUUUGUAGUUUCACCUGACAGGACUGAGACAAAUGAUUGACUGUUUUGUACUGUAUCAAUGCAACACACACAAAUUGCAAUUUAAUCCAUAUCAGUGUCAUUUUAUGUGAAGAAACACAAGUUACAUUGCCUUCUUUCUUCCGUUAAACAUGAGAUAAAAUACCGAACAUCAGCACAGAAGCUACAGGCAUUACACCGUUACCAUGACAGCAUCAUAAAAACCAGUUAACAAGCUUAUGAUUUACAGUGGGUCCAAAAAAGUAAACGAAGACCAGUGUUUAUCUUUAUCUCUUCUGUAAUUAACCAUGACUCAGCUGACACAUCAUUUAGCAAAUACAUAAAUGAAGACUUUUAGAUUGUUCUUAUUUUAGCUGCAUUAUAUAUUUAUUUCAAAUACUAACUGUAAAUGCCCUUAAAGGAACAGUGUGUAAGAUUUAGGAGGGAUUAAGUGGCCUCUAGUGGUGAGGAUUGCAGAUUACAACCAGCUGAAACUUCUCCUGGUUAGAUUUCCUUCAGUGUCCAUUGUUCUGGAGGUUUUUACCAGGAGAAAAAACCUAGAAGCCCCAGAAAACACUGAUCAAAGCAGUUUCAUGUAAAAAAAAAAAAAAAAAAAGUGUUUUUUCCAGUGUUCUCAUCAUAGAGGGGCUGCUAACGAAAAAAUUUAAAAACACGAAUGGCCUAGUCUAGAGCCAGUGUUUGGUUUGUCCAUUCUGGGCUACUGUAGAAACAUGGCAGUGGAACAUGUCGAUCUCCGUAGAUGAGGACCUGCUCCCUAUGUAGAUACAAACAGCUCAUUCUACGGUAAUGAGAACACAACAGUUCUUAUUUUCGGGUGAUUAUAAACCAAUGUAAACAUAUUUAUUUUUUUCUGCCAGUGCAUUCCCCUAAAUCCUCCACACCUUAAUGCAUCUCUCUCUCUCUAACAUUGUCACUUCUGCUUAUGCCGUUGCUUACACUGUGUGAGAACUUUGAGGACUAAUGUUGCAAAAUGUUUGCAGGGGAUGAGAUAAUGUCAGAGAGCUUAAGUGGUUGGGCACCUGUACAGGACAGGAUGCAGAAUAAACAGAUCACCAAACCACCUAAACAAACACUGCCUGUUCCAGUUAGGUGAAGAACGUUGGGUACUCUUUAUUAAAAACAAUGACAAACCAGGGCCGGAGUGUGAGAGCAGCAGAUUUAAAACCAGUGACAAUGACAGAACAGCAGCAUGAGUCAAACAACAACAUUAUUAUUUUAGUGUUAAAGCAAAUAGCAAAUCACUCAUUAAAAGCUGAGGACAUUUGAGGAUAAACCUGAUAAACAAUUAAAGAGUUAUUAAUAGUGUAAGCAGACUUUUGGACCCUCCUGUAAAUAUGUCAUCAUUUAUUAAACUGUAUUUAAGAUGAACAGAUUUAAACUCCCAUGUUUGUCCUUGAAUGAUUCUGAGAGCUUUCUCAGAUGAAAAGGGACUAAUCAAGGAGUGGGUUAUUUGUACUCUGGACACAGACUGUUGAACACGCUUUUUUACGUUUACUUACCAGUGUUAGAAAUAUUUAAACUCAGAUUCCCAAAUGAAUUUUUAACCAGAGUUUUGUAGCAGUUGCCCUUGAAUGAAUCUGACUGCUGAGGUAAAUCAGAUGAGAAGGGAUCACGAUGAAAGAGAGUUAAGUGGUGCUGACGUCAAUUUCUGUGAGUCAUGGGAAGCUAGAAUUAUGUCUUAAUUUAAGAAAAUGCUUUGUCAUUGUAUGUGUAUCAUAUUUAAAACAUAUUUUACAUGCUUAAACAAAUAAUGUGAUAAUAAAGUUGAACUACCUGGUGAUGGUGCAUCAAAGAGAAUCUACUCACUGUUAAUAAACUGAAAUUACACUGA